AUGUUUAAACCACCCAAUAACUGCACGGCGUUACCUGUAGAAGGUCGCCGGGGAAGUGGAUCGGAUUCCGGCGGAAAGAGAAUGGCUGUUACCAGUGAGAGAUCACUGUCUGAAGGGAAGGUUUGGAGUCUCUGCAGAAUGCCAUUUUGGCACUCCAGCAAUGCUGAUGCUUCUUCUUCAUCUUCUUCUUCCCUGAGUGUUCACCACCAAAACCAGCUUGUGGAUCAACCUGAUGUCCAUUCUCUGACUUUGGUCUCGUCCGUGGCAAAGUCUUUUCUUCCAACUCGGCGCCGACUCAGUCUUGAUCUCCCCAACAAACUCUACUUUCCCUAUGAGCCUGGUAAACAAGUCAAGAGUGCAAUCAGGAUCAAAAACAUCAGCAAGUCUCAUGUAGCUUUCAAGUUUCAAACAACUGCACCGAAGAGUUGUUGCAUUCGUCCUCCUGGUGAAAGUCUAAUUGCAACUGUAUUCAAGUUUGGGAGCAUCCAGAGAACGAUGAGAAAAUACAAGGUCUGA